AUGCUUGGAAAUACCUCCGUCUUCGCAAAAUCUCUGAAAAAUGCUCAAAUCACAAAAGUAGCUAGCGGCCGAUCCCAAUGCCUGUCGACAAAGCGGGCUGCGCAGGGAGUGACUCUGCUACAAGAUAAACAAAAUGGGUAUGGCUUCGCAAGAUCCAACCCAAGACCGACCAAGCCAAGAUCUAAGGGCGUCACCGAAAUCCGAGGUCCCUACUAUUCGGUAAUGGGGAAGCGCUAUCUAGCUGACGUACUCGAGACAAUGGGCCACCAUGUGGACGGGUUGAAAUUUGCUGGAGGGUCUUUCUCGUUAUUUGAGGAGAAACCACUUCGUGAAUUGAUUGAUAUGACCCAUGAACAUGGUGUCUAUGUUUCAACGGGCGGCUGGGCGGAGCACCUUCUCACACAUGCCGACGUUGAUACUGUCUUUGACCGCUAUCUCAAGAAAUGCAAGGAUCUGGGAUUCGAUGUUAUCGAGAUAUCUGCCGGCUUCCUCUCCAUCCCCGGCGAUGACUGGCUUCGUCUAGUUGACAAAGUCCAUUCAUACAAGCUUACGGCAAAACCAGAGCUAGGAAUUCAGUUUGGAGCUGGCGGAGAUACUCCUGGAUUCAGUGUUGGGACAUCCGAUCCCGGAAAACUUGUGGAAAUGGGUCGCAAGUUCCUUGAUGCUGGAGUGGAGCGGUUGAUGAUUGAGUCUGAGGGCAUUACCGAGAAUGUCGAUACAUGGCGGACGGAUGUGGUGUCUCAGAUCAUGAAGCAGCUACCUUCUGAGAAAGUGAUGUUUGAGGCUGCAGACCCCAAGGUGUUCAACUGGUACAUUCGCGAGUUUGGUAUCGAUACCAACUUGUUUGUCGACCAUAGUCAGAUUGUACAGCUGACAUGUCUGCGGGCUGGGAUCUGGGGAACAGCAGAUACCUGGGGAAAAGUGGUAUCAUUCAGGUCACAAUAA